CAUACCGCCCAGACUAUGUUUCUGUUAUGGUACUCUAUAUCACAGUGCCUAUAUGAUAUAACAGUAUACCACCAACACAUGUUGUUCUUCCAAUUCUUUUUAAAUGUUGAAUAAUUAAAACUGUUUUUAUAAUUAUCGUCUCCGAAGUGUAACAUUCAGGAAUAAACAAAGAAUCUGGAUUCAUUUUCACUGUGUGUGUUAACUAUGUUGCAAAUUAAAUGAUGUUUUUGCUCUGCUAUUGAAUGGAAGGGAUUUUCAAUUUAAAGAUCAAUUUAAUGGAUCCAACAAAAAGCAAAGCUAAUUAUUCCCGGGUUUGUCAACUGUUGGUAGAUAAAGGAGGAGAUGCUUUGAGAGCUGCUUUACAUUCAGUGCAUCCACCUUCCACCUUGGCCUCCGCAUUGAAUGCCAACAGAGCGACCCUGCAGAGAAUACGAUACAAUAUAAUUAAAGCCCCGCAAUGGGAUCUACUCUUCCCAAUAUCUGGUGCACCAGAUUCAAACAACUUCGAUAUCACCUUACUGACUGUCCUACUUCGAAAUAUUUGUGGAUUGUCUCCACCAGCGACUGGAUGGAAUGUUAUGCCUCCAGUUAGCGAUACAUCUAUAUCAGCAAACAUUUUGAGAGUCACAAUGUUCAGAAAUAAAGUCUAUGGUCAUAUUCCAACUGCAAGUUUGGACGACACAACGUUUGAAAAAUUGUGGCGAGAAAUUUCGGUACCGUUGGUAAACUUGGGAAUUUCUCAAAAUGCCAUUGAUCAGUUGAAAGUGGCUCCUCUCAGCCCUGAAGAAGAAAGUUAUAUUCACAGAUUGAAAGAAUGGAAAUUACAAGACGAUGACUUGAAAUCAGAUUUAAGUGAUGUUAAAAGUGAAGUAGUCAAGCUAAAAAAAUCAGUAGAUGAGAAUGUUCAUCACUCAUCUGUCGAGAAACUCGCUAAAUUUGACUUUACUGGAAAAAUUGACGAACUUUGUAAAACAUUUCAUGAUGGAACUAGAAGAUGGUUGUUUGAUAAACUCUCAAGUUGGUUUGUGAGUAAAGAAACCCGGGUUAUGAUCCUAACUGCAGGUCCAGGCGCUGGAAAAAGUGUUUUGUCUGGAAAGAUCUUUGAGCUGUAUAGAGAACGUGGCCAACUCGCAGCUCACCAUUUCUGCGACUUUCGAAAUUCUGAUUACAGCAAUCCUCACAGAAUCCUCCAGUCCCUUGCCAGCCAAAUGUGUGAUAAUGUUGAUGGAUUCCGUGAUAAACUAACCGAAAUCCUUCGUCGUGAACAUUCUCGGGACUCGCUGUCAGAUGCAUUUCGUGUUCUUUUAAACGAUCCACUACACUCUCUUCGCAGAAAUGAUCCAAUGUUGAUCAUUGUUGAUGCCUUGGACGAGAGCAAAACUGAUAUGAAGAGCGAAUUUUUGGAGUUGAUAUCCGAGAAAUUUUGUGAACUGCCUGAUUGGAUUAAGAUAUUCAUUUCGAGCAGACCGGAGCUACAAGUACGGAAGGUUCUUCAAAUUUACAGCCGUUAG